UCUUGUUUUUAACAAGCAUGUAUCCCUAGACGUUCUAGAAUUUCGAUAAAUAUUGAACGUGAGUUGAAGUGAAAGUCCCCGUUCUAAUAUUUAAAUUGAUUCAAAAAUGAGUGAAUCUGAAAAAUUUGAUGGUAUGUUGCUAGCCAUGGCACAGCAGCAUGAGGGUGGCGUCAAACAGCUUUUGUAUACAUUUUUUGGAUUUCUUUAUCGAAAAACUGAUUUUUUUCAUGGCGCAGCUCCAGGAGUCCCUCGACAGACUGUGAUUGAUGCUAUGAAAGAAUUUGAAGACCAUGCUGAAAAGAAGCGUAUGGAAGUCUUAAAAGAAAAAGAAGACAGAGAGCAAAAACUUAAAGAGCAUCGAGAAAAGCAAAAACAGCGCGAAGCAGAAGAGUUUGCUAAGAUAUCAUCUGAUUCAUCUGCUAAAAUUGAAGAAGUAACAGAAGAUGAAGCUAAUAAAAUUAUUGAAGAAAAUAAACGUAAUCAAAAAGCUGAAGAAAAUGAUAAAAACUCUAAAUCAGAUAAGAGGCUGAUGGUUUGGCCAGUCUUUGCUGAUGAUGGAGACGAGAAAUUCAAUUUGAACAACCAAAAUCUACAAUCUAGUAAAGGUAAACGCAGAUCUAGAAUCGAAAAGAAACAAAAUACUUUAUCCAAACGUGUUGGUCGACCAUCUGUUGAUUUUGAUCAAAGUCGUGCCAAGCAGUUAAUAUCUUUAGGUUUUACUAUGGUACAAAUUUCAAAUGCUCUUGGAAUAUCAGAUGGGACAUUAAGGCGAUUUCGAAAUCAAAAUAAAGAUUGUAAACUUUAUAAUGAAAUUACAGAUGAGGAGCUAGAUUCCAAAAUAUCAGCUAUAAAAUCAGAAAAUUCGCAAAUAGGAGAGAAAAGGUUAUUAGGUCUACUAAAAAGUAAAGGUAUAAGAGUGCAACGAAAGCGUUUAAGGGAGUCAAUUCAUAGGGUUGAUCCCAAUGGCCCUUUAUUGCGGUGUAAUAAAGGAAUUGCUUUGGUAAAUGCACGAACAUCAAUGGAUCCAUUAUGUUCUGCAAUACAAAGUAAAAAUAAAUCUUUAAAACCUGAAAAUGGAGGAAUUCAGAUUCCGCCUAAUUGUCCAAAACCAAACAGCUUAUGGCGAUGUGAAAGUGUUACAAAACUAGAACGAUGGAAGAUCUGUGUUUCUUUUUCCUUGGAUAUGUUUAGUAGGUUCAUGACUUUUGCUGUUGCUUCAAACAUAAAUUCAGCACAAGAUAGUUUAUUUGUUUGCUUUAAAAGUGCUUCAGAGAAAUACUCUUGCCCGGCCAUGUUAAAUACUGAUGAAAGAAUUGAAAAAGUUGUUAUGUUAAAUUAUAUGAUUGAAGAAAAAGGUGAAGCUGCUGUAGAGAUAUCACCUAAGUUAGAAAGAGUGCAAUGGAUAACAGUAAUAAAAAAUGAUUUAAAUUUCAAUAUAUUCAACAAUAUCAUAUUGACAUUCGAACAACUUGAAAAAGAAGGUGCGCUUAAUUUAAACAAUAACACUGAUUUGUUUUGUUUACAUUUUGUUUAUUUACCUCGUAUUAACAGACUUUUACAAGAUUUUAUGCUUGGGUAUAAUUCAUGUUGUAUUCCACAUGGGUGUGGAGCAACACCAUUACAAAUAUUUUAUGCCCAUAAUGAUUCAGCUUUAGUAAAUAAAGAUAUUCUCCCAAAUCUCAUUAACAUGCCAAAUGAAACUUUAGUUAAUAUAAGUCUUGCUGAAGACUGUCCACUAUCAGAAGAAAAGUUUAUUGAACUAUGCCAGCAUGUUAACCCUGAAGAGAAAUCAGAAAAUAAUGGGAAAGACUUAUAUUACAAGACAGCAACUUUUGUCUCACAAUUUUUACAAAAUACAUUUCAUAAUCAUAUAGAUAGCGAAAACAUUUUUUUGGAGAAUGAAAAUUUAUCCUUUCAAGUAAUUGCAGACAUAAACACGGCUCUUUCAAAUCCGAGCAAAAAUUUUGUAAAAACCGAAACUAGUUAUUUGGCUGUCGCAGUUGAAAAUGAAAAUAUAGAAUUGUAUAAGGACAGUUUUCUAUCAGAUGAUAUUAAAUCAGAAUAAUUGUAUAUUCAACAGAGAUGUGAUUUUAGAUAUGCCAAAAUAUUUUGAAAUUUUUGCUA